AUGUCAAUAUUCAAAAAAAGUAUAUCAUCUUCAAACUUAAUCUAGAAAAAAAGCAAUAGAGGAUGCUAAAAUCGUCCUUCAAAAUUAGAAUUAAACCCAACAUUAACAGCCAUGAAUAUAUCCAUUCUAUAAUUAUAAGGAAACAGUACUUGUUCAUUCUUAUUCAGUUCCAAUAAAAUACAAUGGUACUAUCUUUUAAAUAUUUAUCCUAUUAAGAUUUCAAAUUUCACAUCCAUAGGUCUAACCUUUUAUAUUCCUUAAAAAUAUUGAGCUAAUAAAUUUCAUGCAAAUCCAUUAUAUAAAUCAGCUGAAAUCUAAAAUGGAUUAUUUAUUAGUUUUAACAAUUUUAUUCCCUCUGCCAAAAAAUGGAAUAAAAAUUAUAAAAUAGUAUUAAUUCUAUAUUAAUUAGAUUAAUUUAAUGUUAGAAAUACAAUCUACCUUAUCUUAAAAUUUUCCAUUUUCCUUAAAAACCUUCCCUAAUAAUUUUAAUAAGAACCAUAAUAAAUUAUUAGUUAAGUAAAUUAAUCAUAAUUUAAUAAUAAUUAUAGUUAUUAGUAAUCAUAAUUUCAUUAAUAAUAAUAAUAAUCUCCAUAUAAUCCUUAUUUAAAUAUUUAUGAAAAACAAUAAUCAUAAUAAUAGGAAUAAAGUAAAAUAAAUAACAAUAAAAACAAUAAAGAAUGGCUAAUAAAUUAAUUUAUAUGAGUUCAUCAGUUUUUGAAUUUGGAAAGGUAUUAUUUAUGCCAUAAGAAUAAAAAGAAGAAAAUAUAAAAACUGAAGUUAAAUAAAAAGUAGAUAUUGAAUUAUUAAAUCAAUCUAAAAUACUCAUGUAAUCUAUUAAAUAAUAAAAAUAACUAAAUGAUAAUUUGAUUGAUACUUAUUAAAAUUAAACAAGAAUAAUGAAAGAAAUUUAAUUAAAGGAAAUUAAUGCUAGUAUUUAUAAUUAGAUUAAUAAAUAAUAUUGA